AUGCCGUUCUUGUCUGAAGAACCUCAAUUCUGUGACGUAGGAGAGUUUCUGUGUCGUGAUCAUGAGACUUGUGUCUCCCAGCAUUGGCUGUGUGAUGGAGAGCCUGACUGUCCUGAUGACUCAGAUGAGGCUUUAGACACAUGUCCCGAGGAAGCAGAUCUCAAGUGCCCCCCGAAUUCUGUGAACUGCAUUGGUACAAACAAGUGCAUUCACUUGUCCCAGCUCUGCAACGGGGUCUACGACUGUCCCGAUGCGUAUGAUGAGGGAGUCCAUUGCCGGGAAUUGCUACCCAAAUGCCAACAGAUGAAUUGCCAGUACAAAUGUGCCAUUACCAGGAAUGGCACCAGGUGUUACUGCGGAGACGGAUAUGAAACGAGCGGCGAUGGAAGGAGCUGCACAGAUGUGAAUGAAUGCAACAUGUACGGAAGCUGUAGCCAGACGUGUAUAAAUACAGAUGGAUCGUACACUUGCAGCUGUGUGGAGGGUUAUGUCCUUCAGCCUGAUAACAAAUCCUGCAAGGCCAAAAGUGAGCCUGCUGACAGACCUCCUCUUCUUCUGGCUGCAAGUUCGGAAACAAUCGAGGUAUUAUACCUUAAUGGAAGCCAAGUAUCUGCCCGAACUCCUGUAAAAGGGUCUACAAUUUUGACACUAGACUAUAGCUACAAAGAGGACACAGUUUGUUGGAUUGAAUCACGAGAUCUUUCAAGCCAGCUGAAGUGCACCAAGCUGACAAAAGCUGGGAAGUUAACAGAUGAGUGGAUAAUAAACAUUGCUCAGUAUCUUCACAAUGUACAGCAAAUAGCAAUCGACUGGAUCACUGGAAAUUUUUACUUUGUGGAUCACGUCAGUGACAGGAUCUUCGUGUGCAACCGCAACGGGUCAGUCUGCAUCACCCUCAUCGAGCUGGACCUUAACAACCCUAAGGCCAUAGCGGUUGAUCCAACAUCAGGAAAGCUUUUCUUUACAGACUACGGGAACGCUGCCAAGGUUGAGAGAUGUGACAUGGAUGGAACGAACAGGACGUGGAUAGUAGACUCUAAAAUUGAACAGCCAACUGCUCUUGCGCUCGACCUCAUCAAUAAAUAUGUGUACUGGGUUGACAUAUACCUGGAUAGCGUGGAAGUUGCUGACUACCAAGGGAGAAAGAGGCAUACAAUAAUUAAAGGCAGACAGAUUAGGCAUCUUUGUGGACUGGCAGUAUUUGAAAACUUUUUAUAUACCAUUAAUUCAGAUAACCUCAGCAUUUUACGAAUAAACAGAUAUAAUGGCACCGAUGUUGAGUCUCUUGCUAGACUUGACAAUGCUAAAGAGAUCCGUGUAUACCAGAAAAGAACCCAAACAGCAGUCAGAAGCCACGCGUGUGAAGUGGACCCAUAUGGAAUGCCGGGGGGAUGUUCUCACAUCUGUCUGCUCAGCAGCAACUACAAAGCACGGACUUGUCGCUGCAGGACUGGCUUCAUCCUGGGGAGCGAUGGCAGGUCAUGCAAAAGACCAAAGAAUGAAUUGUUUCUUUUUUAUGGGAAGGGACGCCCAGGAAUAAUACGGGGAAUGGACCUGAAUACCAAAGUGUCUGAUGAAUACAUGAUCCCUAUAGAAAACUUGGUCAAUCCUCGUGCUCUGGACUUCCAUGCCGAAACCAAUUACAUUUAUUUUGCUGAUACUACCAGUUUCCUAAUUGGACGACAGAAAAUUGAUGGCACAGAGCGAGAAACAAUCCUCAAAGAUGAUCUUGAUAAUGUAGAAGGCAUAGCAGUGGACUGGAUUGGAAACAAUCUUUAUUGGACAAACGAUGGUCACAGGAAAACCAUUGCUGUCGCCAGACUGGAAAAAGCUGCCCAGAGUAGAAAAACUUUGUUGGAGGGAGACAUGUCCCACCCUAGAGGGAUUGUGGUUGAUCCUGUCAAUGGCUGGAUGUAUUGGACAGACUGGGAAGAAGAUGAAAUAGAUGACAGUGUGGGAAGAAUUGAGAAGGCCUGGAUGGAUGGCUACAGUCGGCAGAUUUUUGUAACAUCAAAGAUGCUGUGGCCAAAUGGUUUAACUCUGGACUAUCGCGCCAACGUAUUAUACUGGUGUGACGCCUAUUAUGAUCACAUUGAAAGGAUAUUUUUGAAUGGAACUGACAGAAAGGUAGUCUACAAUGGAAAAGAUUUGAAUCAUCCUUUUGGACUAUCGCAUCAUGGAAAUUAUAUUUACUGGACAGAUUAUAUGAAUGGGUCAAUUUUCCAGUUGGAUCUGGUUACAAGGAAUGUGACACUGCUAAGAAGUGAGAGACCACCUUUGUUUGGGCUCCAGAUUUAUGAUCCACGUAAACAGCAAGUUGGUGAUAAUGCAUGUCGUGUUAAUAAUGGAGGCUGCAGCACUCUUUGUUUAGCCAUUCCUGGAGGCAGAGUUUGUGCCUGUGCUGAUAAUCAGCUUUUGGAGAAAAACAGUACAACCUGCACGACAUCACCAUCACAAGUGCUGCCACAGUUGUGCAAAGCUGAGCAGUUUCAGUGUAACAACAAGCGCUGUAUCCAGGAUCGCUGGCGCUGCGAUGGGGACGAUGACUGUCUGGAUGGCAGUGACGAGCACUCUGAAAUUUGCUUCAAUCAUAGUUGUCCUGAUGAUCAAUUUAAAUGCCAAAAUAAUCGCUGCAUUCCCAAAAGGUGGCUUUGUGAUGGAGCUAAUGAUUGUGGUAAUAACGAAGAUGAAUCAAAUAAAACCUGUGCAGCAAGAACGUGUCAGGUUGACCAAUUUUCUUGUGGGAAUGGGCGCUGUAUUCCGACAUCGUGGCUGUGUGACAGGGAGGAUGACUGUGGAGAUGAAACCGAUGAAAUGACAUCCUGUGAAUUCCCAACGUGUGAGCCACUAACUCAAUUUAUAUGUAAAAAUGGAAGAUGCAUUAGCAGCAAAUGGCUAUGUGAUUCAGAUGACGACUGUGGUGAUGGAAGUGAUGAGCUGGGCUGUAUUCACUCCUGUUCUGCUGAUCAGUUCAGAUGUUCUAAUGGUAGAUGUAUCCCAAGCCACUGGGCCUGUGAUGGUGACAAUGACUGUGGAGAUUUCAGUGAUGAAACCAAAACAAACUGCAGCAAGGAAGAAACUCCCUCCCCUGGAAGAUGCAAUGGGAAGGAAUUUCAGUGCAGUCCUGAUGGGAAUUGUGUUCCUGAGUUGUGGCGCUGUGAUGGAGAAAAGGACUGUGAAGAUGGUAGUGAUGAAAAGGGCUGUAAUGGAACUAUACGACUGUGUGAUGAAAAAACAAAGUUCUCCUGCAAGAGCACAGGGAGAUGCAUUAGCAAAGCGUGGCUAUGUGAUGGCGAUAUUGAUUGUGAGGAUCAGUCUGAUGAGGAUAAUUGCGAGGGCUAUAUGUGUGGACCACCAAAAUACCCUUGUGCUAAUGAUACCUCCAUCUGCCUACAGCCUGAGAAGCUCUGCAAUGGGAGAAGAGAUUGUCCUGAUGGAUCUGAUGAAGGCGAUCUUUGUGAUGAAUGUUCACUCAACAAUGGUGGAUGUAGCCAUCAAUGUUCUGUGGUUCCCGGAGGAAGAAUUGUAUGCUCCUGCCCUGCAGGAUUCAGUCUUAGUAUAGACAACAAAACUUGUGAGAUUAUGGAUUACUGUACCAAGCACCUUAAGUGUAGUCAAGUAUGUGAACAGCAUAAAAAUACUGUCAAGUGCUCAUGUUACGAAGGCUGGAAGCUCAGUAAGGAUGGAGAAAAUUGUGUUAGUACUGAUCCGUUUGAGGCUUUCAUAAUUUUUUCUAUUCGACAUGAGAUCAGAAAAAUUGAUCUUCACAAACGUGACUACAGCCUCUUAGUUCCUGGUUUAAGAAAUACAAUAGCACUUGAUUUUCAUUUCGGUCAGAGUUUACUGUACUGGACUGAUGUGGUAGAGGACAAAAUUUACAGAGGCAAACUCUCUGACACUGGAGGUGUUAGUGCCAUUGAGGUUGUGGUGCAACAUGGCCUGGCCACACCUGAAGGUCUUACUGUAGAUUGGAUUGCAGGCAACAUAUACUGGAUAGACAGCAAUUUGGACCAAAUUGAAGUAGCAAAACUAGAUGGCAGUUUGAGAACAACAUUAAUAGCAGGAGCUAUGGAACAUCCGAGGGCUAUUGCGUUGGAUCCCAGAUAUGGAAUUCUGUUUUGGACAGACUGGGAUGCAAAUUUUCCUCGCAUUGAAUCCGCUUCCAUGAGCGGAGCGGAAAGAAAGAUCAUAUACAAAGAUAUGGAUACUGGAGCGUGGCCUAAUGGCCUUACUGUAGAUCACUUUGAAAAAAGAAUAGUAUGGACAGAUGCCAGGCUUCUCAGAGACGUCCCGGAGACCUGCCCAUGGGCCCAGCAGCCCAUUUCAGCUCAGCCCUGGAGCUCAGUCCCUGGUCCACCUGACACCAGGCGAGCACCAGUCUCCAGCCCAGCUACAGCACUGCAGGACCAUAAUGGCCCUGACCAGGCUUCUCAGAGACCUCUCUUUGCACACCCUGCCCAUGGGCCCAGCAGCCCAUUUCAGCUCAGCCCUGGAGCUCAGUCCCUGGUCCACCUGACACCAGGCGAGCACCAGUCUCCAGACCAGCUACGGCACUGCUGGGCAAUGGAACCUCGUAUGGGUAAAUUUGAACUUAAAAAAAGUAUAGGGAAUUUGUAUGGGAGUGAAGUAUAUUGGACGGACUGGCGGACCAACACACUUGCAAAAGCCAAUAAAUGGACUGGCCAAAAUGUCAGUGUAAUACAAAAAACAAGUGCUCAGCCUUUUGAUCUUCAGAUAUAUCAUCCAAGUCGUCAACCACAAGCUUCCAAUCCGUGCGCUGCUAAUGAGGGCAGAGGUCCCUGUUCCCACAUGUGUCUGAUCAAUCACAACAGAAGCGCUGCCUGUGCCUGUCCGCAUCUGAUGAAACUGUCUUUAGACAAAAAAACAUGUUAUGAAAGGAAGAAAUUUCUCCUUUAUGCAAGGCGUUCAGAAAUAAGAGGGGUGGACAUAGAAAACCCGUACUUCAACUUCAUCACAGCUUUCACUGUUCCUGACAUUGAUGAUGUGACGGUCAUAGAUUUUGAUGCUGUUGAGGAACGCUUAUACUGGACUGACGUGAAAACACAGACCAUCAAACGUGCCUUCAUUAAUGGGACUGGCUUAGAAACCAUUAUUUCGAGAGGUUUAUCAAUAGAUUAUGGGGAGAACAAACUUUACUGGAUCAGUUCAGGAAAUGGAACCAUAAAUAGAUGCAACUUGGACGGUGGUAAUCUUGAAAUAAUAGAGUCAAUGAAAGAAGAUUUAACAAAAGCCACAGCUUUAACCAUUAUGGAUAAAAAGCUUUGGUGGGCAGACCAGAACUUAGCUCAGAUUGGUACCUGUAACAAAAAAGAUGGAAGAAACCCAACUGUCCUGCGAAACAAAACUUCAGGUGUCGUACAUAUGAAAGUGUAUGAUAAAGCAGCACAACAAGGUAGCAAUUCCUGUCAGUUAAACAACGGUGGAUGCUCCCAGCUUUGUUUACCUACAUCAGAAACCACCAGGACUUGUGUGUGUACAGUAGGCUACAACCUUCAAAAAAACCGCAUGGCGUGCAAAGGUAUUGAAUCAUUUCUUAUGUAUUCUGUUCAUGAAGGAAUUAGAGGAAUUCCUCUUGAUCCAAAUGACAAAAUGGAUGCUUUAAUGCCUAUAUCUGGAACUUCAUUUGCUGUGGGCAUAGACUUCCAUGCAGGAAAUGAUACAAUCUAUUGGACAGACAUGGGUUUCAACAAAAUUAGCAGAUCUAAACGAGACCAAACGUGGAAGGAAGACAUUGUUACAAAUGGUUUGGGAAGAGUUGAAGGCAUUGCAGUGGACUGGAUUGCAGGUAACAUAUAUUGGACGGAUCAUGGCUUCAACUUAAUUGAAGUUGCCAGGCUCAACGGCUCAUUCCGAUAUGUAAUUAUAUCCCAGGGUUUGGACCAGCCACGAUCUAUUGCGGUACACCCAGAAAAAGGGUAUUUAUUUUGGACGGAGUGGGGACAGAGUCCCUGCAUAGGCAAGGCACACUUAGAUGGGUCUGAGAAGGUUGUGCUUGUGAGCCUGGGGAUUGCGUGGCCUAACGGGAUUUCCAUCGACUAUGAGGAAAAUAAAUUAUAUUGGUGUGAUGCUCGUACCGACAAGAUAGAAAGAAUUGACCUUGAGAGUGGAGGGAAUCGGGAGAUUGUGCUGUCAGGGAGCAAUGUGGAUAUGUUUUCAGUCGCGGUGUUUGGAGCUUACAUCUACUGGUCUGACAGAGCACAUGCAAAUGGCUCUAUUAGAAGAGGCCACAAGAAUGAGGCCACGGAUGCUGUGACCAUGAGGACUGGCCUUGGAAUAAACCUGAAGGAAGUGAAAAUCUUUAAUAGAGCACGAGAGAAAGGUACUAAUGUUUGUGCCAAGAAUAAUGGUGGAUGUCAUCAGCUUUGCCUUUAUCGGGGAAAUGCACGGAGAACAUGUGCCUGCGCACAUGGCUAUCUUGCAGAAGAUGGAAUUACUUGCCUGAGACAUGAAGGUUACCUGUUAUACUCAGGAAGGACAAUACUCAAGAGUAUACAUCUUUCAGAUGAAACCAACUUAAAUUCCCCAGUCAGGCCAUACGAGAAUCCAGAGUACUUCAAAAAUGUGAUAGCUCUUGCUUUUGACUACAGUCUGAAAGGAAGAGGUACCAAUCGCAUAUUCUUCAGUGAUGCGCACUUUGGAAACAUACAAGUAAUUAAAGACAACUGGGCUGGCAGAAAAGUUCUAAUUGAAAAUGUUGGUUCAGUGGAGGGACUUGCUUAUCAUCGAGCUUGGGACACUCUGUAUUGGACCAGUUCAACCACCUCCUCAAUCACGAGACACACUGUUGACCAGAGGCGCCAAGGAGCUUUCAACCGGGAAGCAGUAAUUACAAUGUCUGAAGAUGAUCAUCCCCAUGUCUUAGCUCUAGAUGAAUGUCAAAACUUAAUGUUUUGGACUAACUGGAAUGAGCAGCUCCCAAGCAUCAUGAGAUCUACCCUCUCAGGCAAAAAUGCCCAGGUUAUCAUUAGUACAGAUAUUCUGACACCAAACGGACUUACCAUUGAUCAUAGGGCGGAGAAACUUUACUUUUCAGAUGGCAGCUUGGGAAAAAUUGAGAGGUGUGAAUACGAUGGAUCACAAAGAUAUGUAAUUGUCAAAUCUGGACCAGGUACCUUCCUCAGCCUGGCUGUAUAUGAUGAUUAUAUCUUUUGGUCAGAUGGAGUGAGGAGAGCUAUUCUGCGUUCCAGUAAAUAUACAGGAGGAGAUACAAAAGUUCUUCGCUCUGACAUCCCGCAUCAGCCCAUGGGCAUUAUUGCUGUGGCCAAUGACACUAACAGCUGUGAGUUAUCUCCUUGUGCACAAAUGAAUGGAGGUUGUCAUGAUUUAUGCCUUCUGACUCCUGACGGACGAGUGAACUGUUCAUGUAGAGGGGACAGAAUACUGAUAGAUGAUAACAGAUGUGUGAGUAAAAAUUCUACUUGCAACAUUUAUUCUGAGUUUGAAUGUGGAAAUGGUGAAUGCAUUGAUUAUCAGCUGACUUGUGAUGGCAUUGCUCAUUGUAAGGACAAGUCUGACGAGAAACUUUUCUACUGUGAAAACAGAGGCUGUCGGAAGGGUUUCAAGCCGUGUUCUAAUCGUCGCUGUGUUGCAAGUAACAAAGUAUGUGAUGGUGCAAAUGACUGUGGUGAUAACUCUGAUGAAUCUGACUGUAAAGAUUCAACGUGUGCCUCAACAGAAUUCCAUUGUGCAGAUGGGAUUUGCAUUGGAAAAUCAGCACAGUGCAACCAGAUCAUUGAUUGUGCAGAUGCUUCAGAUGAAAAGAACUGCAAUAAUACAAACUGCGCUUACUUCUAUAAACUUGGAAUAAAAUCUUCAGGAUUUAUUAGCUGCAAUUCGACUUCACUUUGUAUACUGCCAGAAUGGAUAUGUGAUGGAUCUAAUGACUGUGGAGAUUAUACAGAUGAACUAAAAUGCCCAGUUCAAAACAAACCCACAUGUGAAGAAAAUUAUUUUGGUUGUCCUAGUGGAAGAUGUAUUCUGACCACCUGGCUUUGUGAUGGGCAGAAAGACUGUGAGGAUGGAGUAGAUGAAUUGCAUUGUGAUUCAUCUUGUUCAUGGAAUCAGUUUGCUUGCUCUGCAAACAAAUGCAUCUCUAAGCAAUGGACCUGUGAUGGUGAGGAUGACUGUGGAGACGGUUUAGAUGAGAGUGAUGCUAUUUGUGGUUCCGUGACCUGUGCAGCAGAUACAUUCAGUUGCUUGGGCUCCCACGCCUGUGUUCCCCAGCACUGGCUUUGUGAUGGUGAGAGAGACUGUCCUAAUGGCAGUGACGAACUUUCCACAGCGGGCUGUGCUCCUAAUAACACUUGUGACGAGAAUGCUUUCAUGUGCCAUAACAAAGUCUGCAUUCCCAAACAGUUUGUGUGUGACCAUGAUGAUGACUGUGGAGAUGGAUCUGAUGAAUCUCUGGAAUGUGGGUAUCGUCACUGUCGUCCUGGAGAGUUCACUUGUGCUGAUGGAAGAUGCCUGUUAAAUUCCCAGUGGCAAUGUGACGGUGAUUUUGACUGCCCAGACCAUUCUGAUGAAGCACCUAUAAACAUAAAAUGCAAAAGUUCAGAGCAGUCAUGUAACAGCUCUUUUUUUAUGUGCAAAAAUGGCAAGUGUAUCCCUCAAAGAGAUGUUUGUGAUAACAAAGAAGAUUGUAGUGAUGGAUCUGAUGAGAAAAGCUGCCACAUUAAUGAAUGCCUCAGUAAGAAAGUUAGUGGCUGUUCUCAAGAUUGUCAGGAUCUUCCUGUUGGAUACAAGUGCCAGUGCUGGCCUGGAUUCCGGCUGAAGGAUGAUGGCAAAACAUGUGUAGAUAUUGAUGAAUGUUCAUCUGGAUUUCCCUGUAGCCAGCAGUGCAUCAACACUUAUGGAACUUACAAAUGCUUGUGUGGAGAUGGGUAUGAAAUACAGCCUGAUAACCCAAAUGGCUGCAAAUCCCUUUCAGAUGAGGAACCUUUCUUAAUUCUGGCUGAUCAUCAUGAAAUAAGAAAAAUUAGCACUGAUGGAUCCAACUACACUUUGUUGAAACAGGGGCUGAACAAUGUGAUUGCAAUAGACUUUGACUACAGAGAAGAGUUCAUCUAUUGGAUUGAUUCCAGCAGACCAAAUGGCAGCCGCAUAAACAGAAUGUCUUUAAAUGGAAGUGACAUCAAGGUAGUCCACAAUACAGCUGUUCCCAAUGCACUGGCUGUCGAUUGGAUUGGGAAGAAUCUCUAUUGGUCUGAUACUGAAAAGAGAAUUAUUGAGGUGUCUAAACUCAAUGGCUUAUACCCCACCGUCCUUGUGAGCAAGAGAGUGAAGUUUCCUAGAGAUCUGUCCUUAGAUCCUCAAGCUGGAUUCUUGUACUGGAUUGAUUGCUGUGAGUAUCCUCACAUCGGCCGUGUUGGUAUGGAUGGCUCCAGUCAAACAGUUGUCAUAGAAACACAGAUAUCCAGACCUAUGGCUCUUACAAUAGAUUAUGUCAACCAUAGACUGUACUGGGCUGAUGAAAAUCAUAUUGAGUUUUCUGACAUGGAUGGAUCUCGUAGGCAUAAAGUCCCUAAUCAAGAUAUUCCAGGGGUGAUUGCACUAACGUUGUUUGAAGACUACAUCUACUGGACAGACGGGAAAACCAAAUCACUCAGCCGUGCCCACAAAACCUCUGGAUCAGACAGACUAUCGCUGAUUAACUCCUGGCAUACCAUAACAGACAUCCAGGUGUAUCAUUCUUAUCGGCAACCUGAUGUGUCUAAACAUCUGUGUACACUAGACAAUGGUGGUUGCAGUCAUUUAUGCCUUCUGGCCCCUGGCAAGAUGUCUACUUGUGCCUGUCCCACUAACUUCUACCUCGCUGCAGAUAACAAGACGUGCUUAUCGAACUGCACUGCCAGUCAGUUCCGUUGCAAAACUGACAAAUGUAUUCCGUUUUGGUGGAAAUGUGACACCGUCGAUGACUGUGGAGACGGCUCCGACGAGCCUGAGGAAUGCCCUGAAUUCAGAUGUCAGCCAGGACGUUUUCAGUGCGGAACUGGACUUUGUGCUCUUCCAGCCUUUAUCUGUGAUGGAGAAAAUGAUUGUGGGGACAAUUCUGAUGAAUUGAACUGUGACACACAUGUGUGUCUGUCUGGGCAGUUCAAGUGCACAAAGAACCAGAAGUGUAUUCCAAUAAAUCUGAGAUGCAAUGGACAGGAUGAUUGUGGUGACGAAGAAGAUGAAAGAGACUGUCCUGAAAACAGUUGUUCUCCAGACCAUUUCCAGUGUAAAACAACAAAACACUGCAUUUCAAAAUUGUGGGUAUGUGACGAAGACCCAGAUUGUGCUGAUGGAUCAGAUGAAGCCAACUGUGAUAAAAAAACUUGUGGCCCUCAUGAAUUCCAGUGCAAAAACAACAACUGUAUUCCAGAUCAUUGGAGAUGUGACAGCCAAAAUGAUUGUGGUGAUAAUUCCGAUGAAGAAAACUGUAAGCCUCAAACAUGUACUUUGAAAGACUUUCUUUGUGCAAAUGGAGACUGUGUUUCAGCAAGAUUCUGGUGUGAUGGAGACUAUGACUGUGCAGAUGGCUCGGAUGAGAGGUAUUGUGAAACAGGCUGUUCAAGAGACCAGUUCCAGUGUUCCAAUGGCCAGUGCAUAUCAGCAAAAUGGAAAUGUGAUGGUCAUGAAGACUGCAAACUUGGGGAAGACGAGAAGAAUUGUGAACCAGCAUCUCCAACCUGCUCUUCAAGUGAGUACGUGUGUGCAAGUGGAGGCUGUAUUUCGGCAUCUUUGAAAUGUAAUGGAGAGUAUGACUGUACUGAUGGAUCUGAUGAGAUGGAUUGUGUAACAGAAUGUAAAGAAGAUCAGUUUCGAUGCAAAAACAAGGCCUACUGUAUCCCUGUCAGAUGGCUUUGUGAUGGGAUCCAUGACUGUGUGGAUGGCAGUGAUGAAGAAAGCUGUGACCAAGGGGGAAACAUAUGUAGAGCUGAUGAAUUUUUGUGCAACAAUUCCCUCUGCAAACUUCAUUUUUGGGUUUGUGAUGGCGAGGAUGACUGUGGAGAUAACUCUGAUGAAGUCGCUGAAAUGUGUGUAAAGUUUCCAUGCCCUCCAACAAGGCCAUACAGAUGUAGAAACAACCGGGUUUGCCUGCGACCUGAGCAGAUUUGCAAUGACGUUGAUGACUGUGGUGAUAACUCGGAUGAAGAUCACUGUGAUAAAAUCACAUAUAAAGCAAGACCAUGUAAAAAAGAUGAGUUUGCUUGUAAUGAUAAGAAAUGUAUUCCAAUGGAGCUCCAGUGCGAUUGGUUUGAUGACUGUGGAGAUGGUUCAGAUGAGCAAGACUGCAAAAUAAGUGUUGCUGAGUAUACAUGUGAAGAUAAUGUGAAUCCUUGUGGAGAUGAUGCAUACUGUAAUCAAACAGAAACAUCCUUACUGUGUCAGUGUAAACCUGGAUUUCAGAGAAACAAGAGGAACAGACAAUGUGAAGAUAUCAAUGAAUGUAUGGUAUUUGGUGCCUGCUCCCAACACUGCAAUAAUAUUAAGGGGUCAUACAAAUGUGCGUGCGAGAAAAAUUAUAAGGAGAGGGAUAACAGUUGCAUAGCAAAAGGCUCUGAAGAUCAAGUUCUCUAUGUUGCUAAUGACACUGACAUCCUGGGUUUUGCAUAUCCAUUCAACUACAGUGAUGUUCAUCAGCAAAUAUCACAUAUUGAACAUAAUUCAAGGAUAACUGGAAUGGAUGCCUAUUUUCAAGGGGACAUGAUUGUUUGGAGCACUCAAUUUAAUCCAGGAGGGAUUUUCUACAGAAAACUUCAUGACAGAGAGAGAAGGCAAAGUAACAGCGGCUUGAUAUGUCCAGAAUUCAAAAGACCUAGGGGCAUUGCUGUUGACUGGGUUGCUGGAAAUAUUUACUGGACUGAUCACUCCAGAAUGCAUUGGUUCAGCUACUACACGACGCAUUGGACUAGUCUGAGGUACUCCAUCAAUGUAGGUCAACUGAACGGACCGAACUGUACCAGACUCCUUACCAGCAUGGCAGGAGAACCAUAUGCAAUUGCUGUAAAUCCUAAAAGGGGGAUGAUGUAUUGGACAGUUAUUGGGGAUCGCUCUCACAUAGAGGAAUCAUCUAUGGAUGGUACUCUGAGAAGAAUAUUGGUUCAAAAGAACUUACAAAGACCUACAGGUCUCGUAGUUGAUCAGUUCAGUCAGCGUUUGUUCUGGGCUGAUUUUGAAUUAUCUGUUAUUGGCAGCGUUCUUUUUGAUGGUUCCGAUUCAGUUGUGUCUGUGAGCACUAAACAAGGUUUACUGCAUCCACAUAGAAUUGACAUUUUCGAGGAUUACAUAUAUGGAGCAGGUCCUAAAAAUGGUGCGUUCAGAGUACACAAAUUUGGCAGGAGCCUUGUAGAAUAUCUAAGUGUGGAUGUUGACAAAGCAAAAAGUGCCUUGAUUUUUCACCGCUACAAACAAAUGGACUUGCCUAAUCCAUGCUUGGAGCUGACAUGUGAAUUCAUUUGUUUGCUCAACCCUUCUGGUGCAACAUGUGCUUGUCCAGAAGGAAAAUCAUUGGUGAAUGGAACAUGCAUUGAUCAGACCCUCUUAGAUGAUACCUGUAAAUUAACUUGUGAAAAUGGAGGCAAGUGCAUUAUAAAUGAGAAGGGGGAUCCUCGAUGUCACUGCUGGCCCAGUUACUCCGGUGAAAGGUGUGAAACAAACCAUUGCUACAACUACUGCCAGAAUGGAGGAACCUGUGGAGCCUCCCUCCUCGGGAGGCCUACCUGCAACUGUGCCCUGGGUUUCACGGGACCAAACUGCAACCAGACAGUCUGCCAUCAUUUCUGCCAAAACGGAGGAACCUGCAGCGUCACUGCUGGGAAUCAACCCUUCUGCAGCUGCUUGCCUGAGUAUACAGGAGACAGAUGUCAGUAUUAUGUUUGCCACCAUUAUUGUGUGAAUUCUGAAUCCUGUACUAUUUCUGACGAUGGAAGUGUAGAAUGUGUCUGUCCAGUACGAUUUGAAGGUCCAAAAUGUGAAGUGGACAAGUGUAUCAGAUGUCAUGGGGGACACUGCAUAAUAAACAAGGACAGUAACGACAUAGUAUGCAAUUGCACUAAUGGAAAGAUUGCCUCUACCUGUCAGUUAUGUGAUGGCUACUGCUACAAUGGUGGUACAUGUCAGCUGGACCCAGAGACAAACAUACCUGUCUGUCUAUGCUCUGUGGGGUUUAAAAGUCAGCGCUGUGACCAGAAAGUGAACCCUUGUGAUUACUACUGUCAGAAUGAGGGAAUUUGCACUUUAACCGCGUUUAAUGAACCGAGAUGCAAAUGUUCAGCCAACUGGUCAGGCACACAGUGUGAGAGGCCAGCUCCCAAAAGCAGCAAGUCUGACAAUAUCAGUACAAGAAGCAUUGCAAUCAUUGUUCCUCUUGUUUUACUGGUGACUUUGAUUACUACUCUGGUAAUUGGACUCUUUCUUUGCAAAAGGAAACGAAGGACAAAAACUAUCAGAAGACAACCCAUUAUAAACGGAGGAAUAAAUGUAGAAAUUGGCAAUCCGUCAUAUAACAUGUAUGAGGUGGGCCAUGAUCACAGUGAAGGUGGUCUUUUAGCCUCAGAUUUUACUGUAAAUGCAGAAAAGGCCAGAUACAUAGGGGGAGGGCCCACUGCAUUCAAGCUUCCCCACACAGCUCCAUCAAUCUACCUAAACUCUGACUUGAAAGGACCACUAUCAACAGGGACAACAAAUUACGCCAAUCCAGUAUAUGCAAAGUUAUACAUGGAUGGACAAAACUGUCGAAACUCCUUAGCAAGUGUUGAUGAAAGAAGAGAACUCCUUCCAAAGAAAAUAGAUAUCGGGAUAAGGGAGACUGUGGCAUAAUGUGCUGUAACCUUUUAUACUCUGUAUAAAUGUAUAAAAUAUAAGGAUUACUUUUCUAUGUACCAACAGUAUUAUAAUUGUUUUGGCAUCAGCAUUACCUCUGUUUUUUGUUUGGUUGAUUGUUUUCUGGGUUUUUCUUUUGCUGAUGACUUUUGACUGACCAUUUGUAAGGUAUUUUUAUGAAAAAGAAACUGCACUACGGUACAAUUUACAACAAUGCUGCUGAAAUAACACACCUUUAAAUUUGUUAAAAUUGCAAACAACAUAUUCGUUUGUAGCGUGAAAAUGAGCAAUCUAUUUUCUAUGAACUUUUUUGGUUCUACUUAAUCAAUGAAGAUGGUAUCUGCACUUUUUCAUUAUGUAGUCUGGAAGCUGUAGUACAGUGUGUAAUUUUGUUUAUUUUAAAUGGUGAAAGAAUGAUUGAAUGGUCUACUCUCUUCUUUGUGCCCAUUAGAAUUUCUCUUCAGAUCCUGAUAAAGCUAGAUAACUUUUCACAAACAAACAUAACUUGCUUUUGAAUUAGCUUUAGGUUGCCAAGAAGUAAACAAGACUAUAGAAAUGAAACAUCUAAUGAUCUGCAUGAACACAAUGAUUAUGUUUCAGAAAUUCAGUGACUGUACAUGAUAUACUAAACAUAUAUACCAUGUAAACAAGCUUUGUAUUUAUUAAAACCUUAUAGAACAUAGUAAAGAUAUAUCUUGGAAGCUGAAACCUUACUUGCUGUGGGACAAAGCAUAUGAACUCCAACAGUCCUGUAGGACAGUAGCCACCCUAGAGCACAAGAGGGCAUUGCCUACACAUGCAUUAUAUGUUUAUUCACUUAAUCACGUGCAUUACUUAUGGAUUAAUAAUUCCCCAACACAUACCAAGCAGUAGGGAAAAGAAACAAACCCCAAACCUUAAGCACACGCAGGUGAUCACAGCAUUCAAUUUUGACAAUCACAAAAAAGUCAUACCUGUUUAGAGAUGUUCAAGAAUACAAAACACAGCAGUUUCUUUAAACGAAUAUAAACGACUGUGAUAUUGCUGAGUUAAAACACAACCAAAUUGCAUAUUAGUGAAACCUUACCUGAGCCUGAGUUUCAAUAGUCUGGGUUAAAUAUCAAAAUCCAAUUAUCGAAAGUGAAAAGCAUCAGUAUCAGUUUCCAGCACUUGCUCUGACCUGGUCUGCUUUCCGUUGUUGCUAAGAGGAAAAGUCUGACUCACCUUUUUUAAUUUUGAUGGAAAUAAAGAAUACAAUUUCUUUCAGGUUUGAACUGAAUCGAAAUAUUUUAUACAUAACUUUAAAGGCACAAAAGACUUAUUCACACAUAUACUGUGGAGGACUCUUCCUUCCUCUGCUAGACAUGACUGACUUUUAGCUAUCAUAAUAUAUUAACCUAACAGAUUAAAUAUGUUUGUGGUUGCUCUUUAUUCCCUUUGUACAAGCAUUACAAAAAUAACUGCUGUUUUAUAAAAGAUUUUUGUUGUACUAUUGUGCAUGCAUACUACCUAUUUCUAAACUUUGCCAUAUUGGGGCCUUUAUAAAACUCUUGGUUUAUGUAAUACUAGUGCAAUUUUGCUUGAACAAUGUUAUGCAUAUCAUAAACUUUUUCAGGUUCUUGUUUAAGUACAUUUUUUUAAAUUGAACAGUAUUUUUCAUUUUGGUUAUAAUAGUCAUUUUGCCUAUGUUUCUACAAUGAAGUGUUAAAUACUUUAUAAAAAAA